CACACAAACAUACGAACGAAAAUCUAAAAUGUCUUUCGACUUAAAUCACAAGUACUGGGUCUCUACCCGAAAGGAAAUUUCGCAGCUUCUCAAGAAACAGAAUCGCCUGAAGAAAAUUGAACCGCCGGAGAAGCCCGUAUCAUUUAAAAUAUUCUCGGAGCUGUACGUUCUGUACGUAGAGUUGGUUAAUAAAUUAACCUUUAUUUACCACAACACGUUCCAAGUGCAAAAACGAGCGGUGGUACGCACUUUGGUGGAGAGUGCUACCCAGCAGUUAAUGAAACUUAAGGAGGAGCUGAAGGCGCUGGAGAUAAGCGAAUAUGUGUACAUAGACAAGGCUUUGAUCGCUCGGAAGCUCACGCCCCGCGACCUGGUUAUAUGGAGAUCCCCACAGUUCCUAUACCGCAGGCCCUUGGAUGUUCAGAAUAUCCUAGCAGAGAAUACAUUGUAUAUGAAUGAUGAGGAAAGGGAGGAGAAGGCUGCCAAGGAUUGGGUGCCAAUGAGUGAGGCAGUGAAGCUAAUUCAGGCCCACGAAAGGGCCCGUAGUGCACGCGUGUAUAUGGCCAACCUCAAGUAUGACAAGAAGAAGUUUAUGAAGGUUUACCAAAGAAAGAAAAUCAAUUAUAGAUUUACGUUCAAGCCUGAUCAGGCGAUGAGUAUACCUGUGAAGAGGACCAUGUUUUCAGCAGAUUUCAUCAAGCCCGACGAGUCCUGUGAAGACUUAAGAAGAAGGGAUGAUAUGGGGGAUGCAACGGAGGAUAUAGAAAAUCUAAAUAGACUGCGAAAUAAUGCUGCCUGCAAAAUACAAACCUGGUGGAGAGGCUACAGGACAAGAAAAAUUGUUAAAAUAAAAAAGAGGUUCAAGGAAGAAUUAUACGGCAUGAAAAAGGUCAGAAAACUGAAACGUCCUAACCAAAAGGAAAAUGAAAUUCAGGAUAUGUACAAGAAAGAGAUGCUUAAAAAGAAGCUGGAUGAGGAUUUUAUUAAUUUGAUCAAUGAUGAGCGCACGCGACUCCUUCAAGUCCGUUGUCCAUGGAUGAUGGAAGACAUAUCUGAUCAUAUUCGAGCCUGGUUUAAGGAAUUCUAUGACAAGACUGAAAACUUUCAUCCGUAUCCCCCACCAGUAAAAAAAGGAACCGUAUUGGUUGUCAUCGACGAAACAAUGAACCCUAUAGAUUUUCAGCAAACUCUAGGAAAAAAGCCAAUGACCAAGGAAGAGAAAAAGAAGCAAAGGGAUAAGGAAAAGCAGGAGAAAAAGAAAAAGAAGGCAAAGCUUAAAAUGAUCAAAAUGAAGGAGGCCAAGCGCAGGAAGAAACUAAGAGACCAAGGAAUUAUAGAUGUGGGCUAUGAGUUGGCUGCGAGCCAGCCUAUAAUAAAUAUUGAAGAAACCAUGCAAACAUUUGCCAAAGACUGGAGGGAUAUUGACGAAUACCUAAACAAGAAUCAUGAUCCAAUCGUAGAUUGGGUCACAGAGGAGGAGCUUUCCAAAAUACACCAGGAAGUCAGAGGAUUGGUCGACGAGUACAUGAGGGUAGAAUAUGAACUACUUCGAGAGGCUUUAGCCAAAGAUAGAAAUGAAAAAUACAAACGGCAAAAGGUCAAGUAUCCCAAAGAAAAAAAAAAGAAGAAAAAGAGAGUGCCCAAGGAUAUGACGGCCGACAGGACUCUGGAAUCCCUGUUCCAAGAGUUAAAAGAUGGAGGAAUCAUAGAAGAUGUUGCUCGUAAAGAUUUCGAUGAAUUUAUUGCAGACUUUAACUUUCUGUCAGAUGACACGCGAGAUGAAGACAGUUUGACUACUUUGGGUCCAGCCAAAGGUGACAUUAAAAUGGUCAUUCAAGAGUCUAUGUUGGGCAUGGGCGAAUUCGAUAUUCCCAAACCAAAGUCAAUUUUAUUGAUCGGACCUUUGAGAAGCGGAAAGAAACUGUUGUGUCAAAUUAUUGCCUCGGAAUUAAACGCAGUUUUUAUGAAUCUCAGUCCGGAAAAGACAUACAAAUUUGCAGAUGAUUUAAAAUAUUUCCUGCAUGUUGUCUUGAAAGUAGCAAAGGCCUUUCAACCCACUAUCAUAUAUUUCGAGGAAGCGCAUCGCUUGUUUUGGAAGAGAGUUCCACCUGAAGCCCGGGAAAUUAAGCCCAAACUUCUCGGGACCUCCAUAAAUAGUAAAAUUUUAAAGCCUUUAAAGAAACAAGAUAAAAUUGUGCUCAUCGGCACAAGCAAUACACCCUGGUCUGCUGCCGGAGGCAUUAAAAAAGCCUUCCAAAAGGUCUUGCUAAUACCAAAGUGCGACUAUGGCACCAGCUUCCUGCUGUGGCUAGAACUGAUGACCGAGAACGCCCCAGAUGAUAUGAAGGAACACGCAUAUUCCGCACUGGCAAGAGUCUUGCAAGCGUAUUCCUCUGGCGAGAUUACUGAGAAUAUAAGGGAGACAUUGAAUGUCCAGCGUAAAAUGCGGCUUCAAACUGAGGCAUUGGACCCCCACGAGUUCUUGGAAUGCUUUAUCUCCAAAAAUGAUCCACCCAUAUUUCCUCCAGAACAGAAGAUCAUGGAUAAGUUUACCAAAUGGUUUGGCAAAUUUAACAGUCUACAAAAAUCGAGAAAUAAAUUUAUAGCUCAAAGGUUAGCCAAAGCUAGCAAAAAGAAAUAAAUUAAAGGCUUUAA